AUGCCACAACCCAAGAAGCAACUAUGCUCAAAUCAUUUUAAAGAUUCUGACAAACCUCCACAGCGCCGAAUCAAAAAACAUGAUGCAGAGGCUGAACAACAAUUUCAAAAUGAAGUCAAACAAGGAGCUCAAUUCCUGAAUGGCAUCCUUCCCAAAGAUCAAAAUGAACGCAUCCCCCCACCCCCACCUAAUCCAAACAAUGAAAACAACAAACCUCAUGACAAUCUAUAUGACCAGUAUAUGCCAAUCAUCUUUCCUCCCAUCGAAGAAGAGCAACAGGAAGUCAAUGCUCCAGGUAUGCGCAAGCCCGAGAAGAACUUUGGCAGCACUGGGAAGGCCUCAAAAACUAACUUACCACGGCUUACCUUCAGUGUCAGACCAGGACUUCAAACUGAAUUAUCAAAACCUCCUACCUUAAGGAUGUCAGUGAUGUUUGUCAAUGUACGGCGGAUGUACCAUUUUAUCUGGCAAACCUCUGUUGCAGUUGCUUCAAGUUUCUUCAAGGGCAUGAUGAAUUUCCACGACAGCCGAGUCCGCAAACCACUCAACUCCCAAAACCAAACUCCUCAGGUCAAUCUACGGGACUUAACUCAGCCUUUCUCAAGUGCAACCCACCUUUACAGUCGCAUCUUGGUACUCAGCAAAUGCAUACUUCACCACGGACUUCAACUCACUCAUAAGGAUAUAUGGGCUGCUCAGUGUGGCCAGUCCAAGCAUGAUGUUAAUGCUGACCCUCCUUGGUGUGGAACUAACAAUGACAACAAUGAUGAUCACUCAUCCAGUUGCUACUGGAUGACUUUCCUGAUCUGCGCGUGGCCGUCUUGUACAACAUUGGUUGCCAGCUCGACAAACACAUCACCAGGGGAUGAAGAUACUCUACUCGAACUAAGGGUGUUUGAUUGUCUAGACCGAUUUCAGGACUUGGUCACUCAGAUCGCUGAGCAGCGUAGGAAGGUGGGUAACGUGGAUAUAGUGAAUCUUCCACCCGCGGCUGUGGAUUCUUUCCUGAAGGUUUGGUUUGCCAAAACCAAGGUUUGUAGACGUUUCCUGGCUUUGAGGGUGGAACAGUGGCCAUUGGAUCCUGAAAAUAAAGUUGGUGGUAGUUCAAGGCUUGGGACACACGAGAAAGAGAGGAUCAUGGGAGCUAUCGCCAGACGAACACGCACUAUGAAAAAGACGCUCAAUAACUAUAAAGACCUUGCUUGUGCCUUUGCAGGACAGAACCCCGACCAGCCUGCUUCGCCCGAGGUUGAAUAUGUCAAUCCAAUUAGUAUGGAGCCCGACGAUCCCUUCUGGAGCAACGGACUCUUCACACACUCAACUGAACCUUGGGCUGUGGAUUGUGGUACUCAGUUAGGAUGCCGUAUGAUAUACAGGUACCCGGUACUAAAUUGUGACCCAAUGUCUGUUUGUCAAGUACUCGUGGCGCGAUCACCUUCACUGCAGCAGUGA